GCGGGUCCUGCGGCGGCGCCUGCAGCGCGGAUCCCCCCUUCCCCGCCCGGGCCGGGCCACAGGGACGGGCGAGCCCGCGCGCGGGGACAGGCGGCGGCCCCGGCCCGGGUCCUGCGACUCCCCGCCGCUCCCCCCUCCUCCCGAGGCCCCCGGCCGGGGUCGCGCGUCCCCGCCGCGCGCCAUGGCCUCGGAGGCGGUGAAGGUGGUGGUGCGCUGCCGCCCCAUGAACCAGCGGGAGCGGGAGCUGAGCUGCCAGCCCGUGGUGACGGUGGACGCGGCGCGCGGCCAGUGCUUCAUCCAGAACCCGGGCGCCGCCGACGAGCCCCCCAAGCAGUUCACCUUCGACGGCGCCUACUCCAUGGACCACUUCACCGAGCAGAUCUACAACGAGAUCGCCUACCCGCUGGUGGAGGGCGUCACUGAGGGCUACAAUGGCACCAUCUUUGCCUAUGGCCAGACGGGCAGCGGGAAGUCCUUCACCAUGCAGGGCCUGCCGGACCCGCCUUCCCAGAGAGGGGUCAUCCCCAGGGCCUUCGAGCACAUUUUCGAGAGCGUCCAGUGCGCGGAGAAUACCAAGUUCCUGGUCCGGGCCUCCUACCUGGAGAUCUACAACGAAGACAUCCGUGACCUGCUGGGGGCUGACACCAAGCAGAAGCUGGAGCUGAAGGAGCACCCGGAGAAGGGAGUGUACGUGAAGGGGCUCUCCAUGCACACGGUGCACAGCGUGGCGCAGUGCGAGCGCAUCAUGGAGACGGGCUGGAGGAACCGCUCGGUGGGCUACACCCUGAUGAACAAGGACUCCUCGCGCUCCCACUCCAUCUUCACCAUCAGCAUCGAGAUCUACGCUGUGGAUGAGCGGGGCAAGGACCACCUCCGGGCGGGCAAGCUGAACCUGGUGGACCUGGCAGGCAGCGAGCGGCAGUCCAAGACGGGCGCCACGGGGGAGCGGCUCAAGGAGGCCACCAAGAUCAACUUGUCGCUGUCGGCACUGGGCAACGUCAUCUCGGCCCUGGUGGACGGGCGCUGCAGGCACAUCCCCUACCGGGACUCGAAGCUGACGCGGCUGCUGCAGGACUCGCUGGGCGGCAACACCAAGACACUGAUGAUGGCCUGCCUGUCGCCUGCUGACAACAACUACGACGAGACGCUCAGCACGCUGCGCUACGCCAACCGAGCCAAGAACAUCAAGAACAAGCCGCGCAUCAAUGAGGACCCCAAGGACGCCCUCCUGCGCGAGUACCAGGAGGAGAUCAAGAAGCUCAAGGCCAUUCUGGCCCAGCAGAUGAGCCCGGGCGACCUGUCAGCCCUGCUCUCCAAUCAGGUGCCCCUGAACCCUGUCCAGACUGAGAAGCUGUUGCCCCCACCUGUGAUCCAACACGACACGGAGGCUGAAAAGCAGCUGAUCCGGGAGGAGUACGAGGAGCGCCUGGCCCGGCUGCAGGCCGACUACGAGGCAGAGCAGGAGUCCAGGGCCCGGCUGGAGGAGGACAUCACUGCCAUGCGCAACUCCUACGACGUGAAGCUGUCCACGCUGGAGGAGAACCUGCGCAAGGAGACAGAGGCCGUUCUGAAGGCGGAAGUCCUCUACAAGGCUGAGGUCAUGUCCAGGGCUGAGUUUGCCAACAGGUCUGAGAACUCGCCCACGUUCCAGUACGAGGUGGCCGUGAAACCCGAGGUCUCCUCCAUGGCCGACACGCUGCCCCGGGACGAUGUCUCCAGGACCCAGGGUUCCUCCAGGUUGGAGGGACUGCCCAAGGUGGAGGCCUCCCAGUCGGAGAUUUCUUUUGGGUCUGAUGAGUCUUCCACAUUCCAAGAAACCUCCAUGUCUGAGGCCUUCCCAGGGCCCGAGGAGCCCUCCGACCUGGAGUUUGCUCUGCCCGACGUGGAGGCCAAAGUCAAGUACUUCUUGGCUGAGGAUCUCAGCCAGGAGGCCAUGGAGCCUCUGCUGGAGGGGGAGCCGUUACUCCAGGAAGCCGAGCCACAGCUGAUGCCCCCGGAGCUGUUAUCAGGCCUGCACGACCCGUUUGCUGAGGUGGAAGCCAAGCUGGCCCGGCUCUCCUCCACGGUGGCUAGGACGGACGUGCCCCAGGCGGACGUACCCAAGGUCCCCAUGCAGGAGGUUGACCUGGACCUGGACAUGGCCAAGGAAGUGGUGUUGGCAGCAGAGCCUGGCAUGGAGGCCGAGGCUGAGGCCCAGGUGGCCUUGGAGGCUCCGCCUCAGGCCCCACUGGCCAUGACAAGUGUGAGAAGGGACAGUGUGGGUGUGGAGGUGGCAGUGCUGACUGACGACCUGCUGCCCAUUGUGGACCAGCAGCAGGUGCUCGCCCGUUUGCAGCUGUUGGAGCAGCAGGUGGUUGGAGGGGAGCAGGCCAAGAACAAGGACCUGAAAGAGAAGCACAAGCGGCGGAAGCGGUACGCUGAUGAGCGCAAGAAGCAGCUGGUGGCGGCGCUGCAGAACUCGGAUGAGGACAGCGGGGACUGGGUGCUCCUCCACGUCUACGACUCCAUCCAGGAGGAGGUGAGGGCCAAGAGCAAGCUGCUGGAGAAGAUGCAGAGGAAGCUUCGGGCAGCAGAGGUGGAGAUCAAAGAUCUGCAGUCGGAGUUUGAGCUGGAGAAGAUCGAUUACUUGGCCACCAUCCGGCGGCAGGAACGUGACUCUAUGCUCUGCCAGCAGCUCCUGGAGCAGAUGCAGCCCCUGAUUCGCCGGGACUGUAACUACAGCAACCUGGAGAAGAUAAGGCGCGAGUCCUGCUGGGAUGAGGAUAAUGGCUUCUGGAAGAUCCCCGAGCCCAUCAUCAUAAAAACCAGCCUCCCAGUAGCAGUUUCAACAGGGCCACAGAACAAACCAGCCCGCAAAACCUCUGCAGUGGACAUGGGCGAACCCGGCACGCAGAAGGAAGACCGCUACAAGCUGAUGCUCAGCCGGAGCGACAGUGAAAAUAUUGCCAGUAACUACUUCCGGUCGAAGCGGGCCAGCCAGAUCCUCAGCACGGAUCCCAUGAAGAGCCUCACACAUCACAGCUCACCGCCAGGCCUCAGCUCUCCACUCAGCAACAACUCUGCCACCUCGCCCACGCAGGCCCCUGAAAUGCCCCAGCCCCGGCCCUUCCGCCUGGAGUCCCUUGACAUCCCCUUCAGCAAGGCCAAGCGUAAGAAAAGCAAAAGCAGCUUUGGCAGUGAGCCCCUGUGAGCACAGCUGCCUGCUGCUGCCCUGCCUUUAUGUUUCCGUGAGACUGCCAGGCCCUCCCAGGGCAGCCCCAGCCAGGCCUCCUCCCACCAGCCCCCCACAGUGACCAGGAGGCCUGAGGGGGCCCUUGCGCUGGGAAGACACAUUCCGUUCCCUGUUACCCAGAGAGCCUACC